CUCCCCUGUUACGUGAAGAUCAAGAAGUUUUAGCCCUAUUAUACAAGGAAUACGCAUCUUCUCCACAUAUAUAUAUCAUAAAUUAACUCCUCAUCACUAGAAACUCUCUUACUCAACAACACACACACAUACACACACAUAUCCCCCUUGAUAACUCAGACAACUCACAAUGGAUAACCUGAUAUUUGAUCAAAAAGCAUACUCUGAAUACAUGGACGACUUGAACUACAGCCAGGGAUUCUAUGUGACGCCCGGCAGAGAUGGUUCUGUAUUGGUGGGGCGCAUCAGGAGAGUCGGGGAAUAUUCAGGCGACCUCUACCGUAAGGCGGAGCAAGCCGCCAGGUUCGCGGUGGAGGAGCACAAUAAGGAGGAGGGAGAAAAGGGGUUGUUGAAAUUCCUCAGAAUUGUCAAUCUGAACGUCGAACCCGCCGCAGCAGCAGUGUACUACAUAACCAUGGCGGCGGCGGAUUCCGCCGGCGAGACAUGCCACUAUCAGGCCAAAGUCUGGGAGAAAAUCAACACUGGGUACAAGCUGCAGAUAUUCAGGCUGGCUCCAUACUGGCUAAAAUUUUCAGAUAAGCUUGCAAACAACUUCUGCUGUAUUAGGAUUGAUAAGUUGAUGCCGUGGAUGAAUGAGAGCUAUAUUUACUACAAGUGCUUCUACAGAGCUCACAAAGAGCUUUUGGGUGUUGAGGUUGUUCACAAUGAGCAAAGAGGGUCUGGCAGAGGUGUUCUGUGGUUCAAAACUUGGGCAGAAGCAGAGAGUGUGGUGAAUAAGUAUGCAGGAAAAAUGAUGCCAUCUACCAAUAUGUUCUAUGAGUUUGAUCUCAAUAUUUCUCCUUGAUUUUUUAUUUAUGAUAUAGUCAACAUUUAGCAGUGCACAUUAAUUUUGUUAUAAUGAAGGUUCCAUAAAGUCCAGGACAUAUAAUCCCUAUGCUUUAUUAUGUUAAUAU